AUAGUCAAGAGGAGAGGGUGUGCUAAUGUUUACAACAUUAGUGUUGUCAACAUUUUGAUCGUUAAAACUGUGAUUGUGUCAAUAUUUUAGCAGCAUAUGUAAAUACUAGUAUGGCACAGACUAAAGGACUUGUUCUCGCAUUCAGACUUUUGUAAGAGUGAGUCCCCUGGAGUCAGCCUCUGCAAAGAACAUUUCAGUGUGUGCAUCCUUCUGGUUAACAGGUGUCCCCAGUGUCCCAAUGGAGUGGGUGUUCAUCAUGAACCGGAUGAGCUCUCAGGGAAGCUCUGCAUCCCAGCGGAGGAGGAUGGCGCUCGGAGUGGUGAUCCUCCUGCUGGUGGACGUUAUCUGGGUGGUCUCCUCCGAGCUCACCUCAUACAUUUUCAGACGGCAGGAAUACAACAAACCCUUCUUCAGCACAUUCACCAAGACCUCCAUGUUUGUCCUGUAUCUGCUGGGCUUCCUGCUGUGGCGGCCCUGGAGGCAGCAGUGCACUGGCUCUCUGAAACGCCGACACUCUGCGUUUUUUGCUGAUGCUGAGGCCUACUUUGCACCCUGCAACACGGACACCACUGUGAGCAACUGUUUGAGUGAGCCGCUGUAUGUCCCGGUGAAGUUCCAGGAUGUACCUGCUGAGCCCUCACAUUGUUUAAUGGGAGACUGUGAAUCUUGUGAGUACACAGUUGAUGUGGUCUGUAUAUACAAAUCAAAAUUAAGCAUACUUAAUUGUUGAAACAAGAUACACAGGAAUUGUACUAGUUAAUACAAUUCCACCAACAGAGGGCAGUGGUGAGCUAUGGAAACAUAUUUAAUCAUUGUUAUGAGCCAAACAUAGGAAAUACACAUUUAACAAGAGAAACCACUGUCUGACCUUUAAGGAGGGCCUCACACUCUUCUUUCUUUUCCUCUGAUAUCAUUUUUCACAUCAAAUAAAAGUACAACCUGUGAACAAAAGGAUUUUGUCGGCCCUCUUGUACUUUAUGCGAUGAAGAGUUAUAAGUGCCCUUAGUGCAGUGGUUCUCAAAGUGGGGGGCGCGCCCCCCCAGGGGGGCGCAGAGGCAUGACA